AAAAAUAUUAUGAAUGCAUCAAAAAAAUGGCAUUUAAUAAUGAAUAAAAUACGUUUUUAACAACUUUAGGAUAUACUUAACAUUACCUACACAAUAAUAAUUUUCAGUAAUUAGUAAUAUUUCCCUAUAUAAACACAUUGCUUUCCAAUGCGAGCCGCAGUCAACAAGUGUUAUUGUGUCAAAUCCACAUAAUCCCUCCAAAAAUGGAUGUAGUGAAUAAGGAGAAACAAAGAAGAGAACAACUAUUCCAUUGCUCGCUCAAUUACGCCAUUAAAACCAACCCCGUGUAUGUCAGGCAUUCCAAAAGGAUGAUGCAAGAUAACACCAAGGACUUCGAAAAGAUCCUCCAAAAGGAAGAGCUGCUCAACAAAUGCAUAGAGGAGAAUCACUGUCACAGUAACCUCGACAUUACCAUUAACAGCGUGGAAAACCUACCGGCAGAAGGUGGAGAGAAUGGUAUGGAAGAAAAUGGAAGCGUGAAAAUGGAGUCGCCGAUAACGAGGAAAAAUAUCGAAAGAUCCAUGCCCCGUUUGAACGAUUUUAAGGAGCUGGGCAUCGUGGAAAAGCGAAAAACCCAGUUCAUUUCCAAGAUAAACCACUUAUUCGGCCGGAAUAUGGGAGAAUACCACUUAGUGACCGCUGAUUACAAUAAGCAUUGCGAUAACAACCUAAACGGAUCGCAAACCGAAAGAAAACCAUUCGUUAUAAAAAGAAAAAUUGCCACUUCAAUAAAGGAAUUGAAAAAUUUGUUCGAAAACAAGCAGGAUGAAAAAAACACUCCUGUCGGAAAAUUCACUGAUUACAACAAUUACGCAUGUUCCACGAAGAGCGUGGUCUAUUUGCACGUUAAAGAACAAGAAGAACAAAAUGAAAUUCUAAGCGACAGCACGUCUACAUCUUCCAUCGACAACGACAAGCUGGAUUUCACUUCAUCACCGAAAAUCAAUGGAGAGGAAGAAUUCGAUAAUAACAUAAGCAAUUAUAAUCAAGUAACGUCGAUGACUACGAAUAAAAUUGAGAUAGCGAUGAAAUCUAUCGAAGUCGGAAACGAGGAUAACGUGGUUAAAGACGAAGAUUCUAAUGUAGCGCAGGAAAAUCAUAAUCAACUCAUAUUUCAAACUUUAGGCGAAAUUGAAACAAUUAUAGAACUAGAUGAAAGUGAUCCCGAAACAGACAUCAUUCGAGACAACGAUGAAAAUUCAAAUGAGUCUGAGAUAUCCAUUGAAAUAAAUGAAAACGAAAUGGAAAAUAAAUGCAGCAUAACAAUAGACGAAAAUGAGGAACAAUAUGAAUCGACAGAAAAUACUGAAUGCGAGUCUGAAGGUGAAGAUGUACCAAAAAUAAUUAUUAGCCUAAUUAAAGGUAGCUAUGCUGAAAAAAUCAACCUAAGUACAGUUGAUGAUAAAGAAUCCAACGAAAUCAAUGAGAAAGAAGAAAAAGAAGAAGAAACCAAGGAAGAAGAAAUCAACGAAAUUAAUAGUGUUAAUAAUGAAACUUAUGAUAACAUAAUUAAUGAAAAUGACCAAAUGAACAAUAUUACCAAAAAAACCAACGAAAUUAAUGAAAUUGAUGAAAUUAAUAAUGUUAAUAAUGAAACUGAUGAUAACGAAAUUAAUAAAAUUAACAAAAUCAAUGAAAUGAACGAAAUUGAAACGUCUACGAAAACGAUACAAACAUGUGAGAAAUUCACUCAAACCGUCGAUUACGUCGCUCAUGAAAAUAAAAAAGACCAGAUCGCAAAUCCAAGAAGCGAAGAUUCACCUCAACAUAUUCACGAAGAAAAAAAUGAAACCGACGAGGAAGAAUUCGAGCAGAGCACAGAGCACAUACAAUUCCAAGAAGAGAUCCAAUUCAAAAUUAACAUCGAUACAUUGAAUCAACGCGUCAACGACGACAAGAUCAACUUCGAUGAAAUAAACUCACCAAAUAACAACACCAGCACCCAACCCGUAGUUUUGAUCUUUAAAACGAUCCAACAAUCCCCUACUGAAAACAAACUAAAUCAACGAGUCGACAAGAGAAUGGAAUUCUCAACUCACAGAUUCAAAGUAGAAUCUGUGGAUUCCAACGACGAGACCACCCUAUCCAAGUACAAAAGCUGCAAAAAUCUAACGAUUUACAACAACAACGGCAAAGUGAAAACCUUGUCGAGCAGUCUGAAACGUUUCAAGAGCGAAACAGAAUUGUACGAUAGCGGAGAUAUCUUCACCAUGCCGAAAGUGCUACCGCAGAAAAAAGAUAAUACUUUAAUAUCGAGGAUUUACAAGCAGCUGAACGCGAGUAAUUUGAUCUUAGCGCCUAAACUGGAAGCAACGAUAAAGGAUACAUUCACAGCGGAAAUAUUGGCUGAAGAAGAACAUAAAAGUAAGAGAAAUAAAAAGGAAAAUUACUGCGUGAACCUGCCGGAUCAGAGGAAUAAUAUGCUGAACAGGAAAUACCCGUUGGAUAAGUUCCAAAGAUCACGAGAUAUUGAAGCAUUAGCGAAGAAAAAAAUCGUUCAAGGAGCAUUGUCAAAAGCGCAAUUUCAAGAACGACAAAUUUAAAGUAUAUUUUAGAUUAAUUUAGCGUUAGUACAUUUACAUAUGUAUAUACAUUUACAGUGUAUAUACACUGUGUCUAAAGUCGAGCGCUACAUUCGUCCGCCGAUUCAUCGCGCCGAAGCCGCGCCUCUCCACAGUUCGACUGAUUCUCUCUUUCUACUGUUUGCAGCGCUCGAACAUAGACACUCUGUAUGAGUCGUCUUAGAAAACAGUUGUUUAGGUUUUUUUUGCUUUUAAUUACACGCCUUAGAUAAAAUAAAUAAAUGCUUGUUUUUAAUAAAAUAAUAAAACAAGUGGAUAAGUUGAAGUAACAUUUGAGAAUUCGAGAAAACGAUGAAAACCUGAAAGUAAUUAAAGAGAUUUUCAAUUUUAUUGCAUAUUUGGGAUUGGUAUAAGAACAAAAAAACUACAUUCACUCAACAAGUUUAUUUUUGUUGGUUGCGAAUGUUGAGGUUUAUCUCUUGGAUUUCAUUCAUGAAGCGCUGAGGAAAUCAAGUACGAUUUUAGUGUCCAGUAAACCUUCGUGUCGUGAAGUUGCACGUUCACAGAAGUUUUUGUAAAUGAAGUUCCCAAAUUGUUUUAAACAUCCUCCCAAAAUUUUCUUGAAGUUGAGGUUAGGCUGAAUAACAUAGCAAAACCUUUUCCCUGAAUAGAUUUUUUU